AACAGUGAGGAAGAUCAGUCGGCGCCGGUGUGCUCUAUAUUCUACAACUACUGGACAGUAUUUCUCUCCACACAUUUGCUUUGUUGCUGCACUGUCCACCAUGGCGCGAGUGCUGAUCGUGGGAGCCGGGCUGACCGGGGCCGUGAGUGCGUCUCUGCUGAGGAGGGAGCUGCAGCAGGCGUGCAGCAUCGUGGUGUGGGACAAGGCGAGGGGCGCGGGAGGCCGCAUGAGCACCAGUCGGUGUCCCGAGGACCCACAAUGCACAGCUGAUCUGGGAGCCCAGUAUGUGUCGGCCACACCGGAUUACGCCAAGUCACAUGCAAGUUUUUAUGAGGACCUGCUGAGCGCGGGAGUGCUGAAGCCGCUGUCGACGCCCAUCGAAGGCGACCGUUCCGACCCGUCCACCAAUCACUACGUGGCGCCAGCGGGAAUCAGCUCCGUGGUGAAACACUUCCUCAAACAGGCAGGUGGGGGAAAUGCAGAGGUGCAUUUUGGACACCAAGUAUCGGAGAUCAGAGCAGAGAAGACUGCGGGCGCGGGAAAGUGGCGCGUGGCGGCGCAGAACGGGACAGAGGCAGAAUUUGACGCCGUCGUCCUGACGAUGCCCGUGCCUCAGAUUCUGGGACUCGCAGGAGUGAAGGCGCUUCUGGCAGAGAGCCAGCCAGCCCAUCUCUCCCAGCUGGAGAAGGCCUCCUACUCCUCCCGCUACGCCCUGGCUCUGUACUUCUCAUCGGGCACCAGGUUAGACAUGCCGUGGGCAGCUAAGUACGUCAAUGGGGACCCCUGUGUCAGGUUCCUGUCAGUGGACAGCAGGAAAAGGGGGAUUGAUGGCCCAGAGACAGGCCCAGCCCUGGUUGUGCACACAGGAGUCCCCUUCGGCCUGAAGUACAUUGACCAAUCCCUGCCCGAGGUUCAGCCAAUCAUCAUGCAGCAUUUGCGGGACGUGUUGCCGGGGUUACCGGAACCACUCAGCAUCAAAUGCCAAAAAUGGAGAUAUUCUCAGGUACAUAAGCCAGUAGAAGGCAGCCCGGGUGCCCUGGUGGUGAGCAGACAGCCGCCCCUGGUGCUGGGGGGAGACGCUUUUACACACUCCAACUUUGACGGGUGCAUAGAGUCAGCCCUGUCUGUGGUCAGUCAGGUCAAGCAGCUGCUUACAACCAAAAGCUGACUAUAGAAUAUAUCAUUUUAAUCAAUAUCAUCGGUCAAAUCUUGUUUGUGUGGGACUAGACCCUGAUUAACUAAACCCUGCUGUAUUUAUCUAGCACAAAAUGCUGAUCAAGUUUGUAUCACUGUACACAGGGAUGCCUAAGCCUAUGUAUCCAUGCAAAUUUUACAAAACCCAUAAAUUUUAUGGAAUAGAAAUGGUCCUAACAGUACAUAAUCUUACCUUACCUUACCUAGUCAUAGGUACAUAGACACAACUUGUCUUUGGUCAGGGGGCUGCUACCAACCACACGUUGACAAUAGAUAAUAAGAGUGGGUAUAUUGUUACAAGAAGUGUCAAAAUUUUCUCCUGCUAGUGGACUAGAAGUAAGACCUUAAUAUGUAACUUCAACAACAAUUCAUGAUCUGAGGUCAUGCAGGAUGAAAUUUUUUUUUUCAAAACCUCCUGUUUUUGUUUGGUGCAGUUGUAUUUCUCAUGACAUGAGCAAUGUACAUAUAUGUACCAAGAGUCCUAGCAUAAUGUACUAAGAUAGCUUGCUAAUGUUGUCUCAUGUCUAACCAGUGCAAAGACCAAGUCUUUUUGUGAGAAAUUGUAAAUUAAACACUCAGUCAUUGAAGUCUUAAUCUUUCUCUUGUCUACGUCAACAAUAUGCCUGAUGUAGUUACAUGGUAAUACAAAGUGCAUCAGAUUAUGACUUA